GAAUUCACUGCGGGACAGUCGAUCAAAGGUCGAUUUCAGAAGUAACUCACAACUGUAAGCAUGUUGAAUGCAACUGGAACGAUGAGGUGUAUGGGUAUCAAACUAAACUCCUUCUGCCGACAAGGAAUGCAUUCAUUGAGAUAUUUUUCUUUAAAUUCAGCUCAAGCAGCUCGAGUUCAUGUAAACUAUGAAGUGAAAGAUGAUGUUGCAGUUGUCAAGAUGAACUCUCCAGAUUCAAAGGUAAAUACUUUAUCAAAGCCUCUACAACAUGAGAUUGUAGGAAUCAUGGAGGAAAUCUGGAGCAAUGAUCAAAUUAAAAGUGUUGUUCUAAUGUCUGGAAAACCUGGCUGUUUCUUGGCUGGGGCUGAUAUUGGUAUGUUGAAGGCAUGUAAAUCAGCUGAAGAAACUACCAGUCUCAGCAAAUCAGGACAGGAAAUACUGGAACGAAUAGAAAAUAGCAAGAAACCUGUGGUAGCUGCCAUUAUGGGAACGUGCUUAGGUGGAGGACUUGAAGUUGCUCUUGCUUGUCGUCAUCGAAUUGCAGUUAAAGAUAAAAAAACUAGUCUGGCAGUUCCUGAAGUGAUGCUUGGAUUAUUACCCGGAGGUGGUGGAACCCAGCGUUUACCUCGGCUGAUUUCAGUUCCAAAUGCUUUAGAUAUGAUGCUCACAGGGAAAACUAUUAGACCUGAUAAAGCUAAAAAGAUGGGUCUCGUUGAUCAAGUUGUUGAUGCCCUUGGUCCUGGAUUACAAAGUGCUGAAGAUGGGACAUUAGCAUACUUAGAGAAGAUUGCUGUUGCUGCUGCUAGAAAUCUUGCAAAUAAUGGUGGUAAAAGGGCACCAAGAAAGAAAAAUCUCACUGACAAAAUAACAGAUCAAAUAUUGCAAUAUGAAUUUGGAAGAAACUUUGUGUUUAAACAAGCAAGAUCAAAGGUGAUGAAACUCUCUGGGGGUCUCUAUCCUGCUCCAUUGAAAAUCCUUGAUGUAACAAAAAAAGGUUUAGAACAAGGUCUCAAAGUUGGCUAUAAUGUUGAAGCUAAGGAAUUUGGUUUUCUUUCCAUGACAAAAGAAAGCCAGGCUCUUAUUGGCUUAUAUGACGGGCAGACUGCAACAAAGAAAAACAGAUUUGGAGAACCAAAACGAGAAGCCAAAACAGUUAGUGUACUAGGAGCUGGUCUCAUGGGAGCUGGUAUUUGUCAAGUGAGUAUUGAUAAGGGUUUUAAUGUUUUGAUGAAGGACAUGUCUGAAACUGGCCUUUCCCGAGGUAUUGAACAAAUACAAAAAGGAUUACAAACUUCUGUGAAAAAGAAAAAAAUCAGCAGUUUAGAAUCUGAGAAAAUGUUAUCAAAUCUUGAUGCAACCCUGUCCUAUAACAACUUGAAACAUUCUGAUCUGGUGAUUGAGGCUGUAUUUGAAGAUCUCAACGUCAAACAUAAAGUUAUCCAAGAGAUUGAAAAAUAUAUCCCAGAACAUUGUGUUUUUGCAACCAAUACAUCUGCUCUCCCUAUUGCACAGAUUGCAAAAGCAAGCAAAAGGCCUGAAAUGGUAAUUGGAAUGCAUUACUUCUCACCUGUUGAUAAGAUGCAGCUUUUGGAGAUCAUUACACAUGAAGGAACCUGUAAUGAAGCAAAAGCACGUGCUGUCAGUGUGGGAUUGAAACAAGGCAAACUUGUGAUUACAGUAAAAGAUGGACCUGGUUUUUAUACAACCCGUAUCCUAGCACCAAUGCUUGCUGAGUGUGUACGUCUCUUACAGGAAGGAGUAACACCCAAACAGCUGGACAAACUCACCAAACAGUUUGGUUUUCCAGUUGGUCUUGCAACUCUAGUUGAUGAAGUUGGCAUUGACGUUGCUGCCCAUGUUGCUGAGGAUCUUGGUAAAGCUUUUGGGUCACGCUUUGGUGGUGGAAAUGUUGAGUUACUCAAAGAAAUGGUUUCUAGAGGAGCUUUAGGUCGGAAGACUGGUAAAGGUUGCUUCCUUUAUGAAAAGAAAUCAAAAGAUAAAACAGAAAACCCUGAAGUGGCUGAGAUAAUCAGCAAAUUUUCUCUUGAACCCAAAGUUGUAAAUACUGAUGAGGUGAUACAAUAUCGUUUAUUUUCUCGAUUUGUCAAUGAAGCCAUAUUGUGUCUUCAAGAAGGCAUCUUAGCCAAUCCUCUAGAAGGAGAUAUCGGUGCUGUCUUUGGACUGGGCUUCCCACCAUUUUUAGGCGGUCCUUUUCGGUAUGUGGAUCUUCAUGGAGCAAAGCAGUUAGUGGACAGAAUGUCUGUAUUUGAAAGUCACUAUGGAGAACACUUCACUCCCUGUCAACUACUGAAGGAUCAUGCAAAUGACAGCAGUAAAUUAUUUCAUAAAAAGUGAUUAAAAAGUAAUGUGAUAAAACAACUAAUAUCAGAGUAAUAAAGAAUGUUGAACAUUUCUUUUAUUUACACCAAAAUGCAAUAUUGGUUUCCAAUUUUGUUUAAAAAGAAUGUAGCAUAAAUUAUUGCUAAAAAUUCGAGGAUUUAAGAAAACUAUAUUUGUAAAAUAAAAAUUAUAAUUUACUA